AUGGUAGCAUGUGUUAUGUUUAACAAAGACAAAGGAAAAGGAGCAAAGUAUCAAGAGGAAGCAUCAUUUGUGCUUUCAAAUUCAGAAUGUAUCGUUAUCUUGAUUCUCGCGCUCACUGUUUUCAAGGUAAAAGAACCUAAGAUAUGGAUAAACUCGAUCAAGUUCGAGGGGUUGAGUGCCCUCGCUAGUAGUUCCAAUCCUCAAACCAACGUGAAUAUUACAGUCACUGCAGAUAUUUCCAUUAAAAAUCCUAACGCUGUCUCGUUCAAGUUUAAAGCUGCAACCGCUACUCUCAUUUACAGCGAUAGAGAGAUCGCGGAUGCCCUGGUGCCACCAGGGUCUGCCAGGGCUCGACGGACGUUCCGGAUGAUCAUUAAGGUCACAGUUAUGGCUGAGAAAUUAAUGGGAAUUCCCCGGCUAACGAGUGAUUUGUUAAAAGGGGAAUUGCCUAUAAGUAUGUCCACAAAUAUUAAUGGAAAGGUCAACUUGGGUUUGUUUAAGAAGAGUGUUCGUAUAAGGAUGAAUUGUAAUAUGGUGGUAGAUUUACAAAGCCAGGAGGUUAAGAACAUGGAUUGCGAAAGGAAAGUUUCUCUCUAG